CCAAUAUAUGCGCCCGUUCCUUAUCUAAGGGGGGUUCAAGUGCCUCGCCAACCUCUGACUGCAUUUCAAUCAGUGAUCAGUGACCACAUAAAGGCAUAAGCUCCUAUAAAAACACAGCCUGCCGGCGUAGAGUGAGCAGUUGGCUGUCACUGCGCCUGCAUCUGCAUCUACCUUCACUCAACAGAAUGGCCAACCGGCUCACACUCGCACUGCUGCAGCUCCCCGUGGGACCGGAGGUGGCCGAGAACGUGCGGCGGGCGGUCGACGUCGUCCGGCAGCUGAAGGCGGCCAACCCACAGCUGGAACUGGCCGUUCUGCCGGAGAGCUUCAACGCGCCGUACGGGCAGGAGCACUUCCCCAAGUUCGCCGAGCCAGUGCCCGACGGUCCCACCUGCCGCGCCCUGUCUCAGCUCGCCGGCGAGCUGGCCAUCUACGUGAUCGGCGGCAGCAUCGUGGAGCGCGAGGGCGACAAGCUGUACAACACCUGCACCGUGUGGGCGCCGAACGGGGGCCUGGUGGGCCGGCACCGCAAGAUCCACCUCUUCACCAUGGACAUUGAGCCCGAAAACGGCGGCGGCGUGCAGUUCGACGAAGCGGCUGUCCUGACGCCUGGAUCCGAGCCAACGGUGGUGCGGAUCGGGAAGCAAAAGGUUGGCAUCGGCAUCUGUCACGACAAGCGCUUCGAGGAGCUGGCGAGGAUCUACCGCAACAUGGGCUGCUCCAUGCUGGUCUACCCGUCCGCCUUCUGCAUCUGCCAGGGUCCGAUGCACUGGGAGCUCCUCCAGCGAGCCCGGGCCACCGACAACCAGGUGUUCGUGGUCACCUGCUCGCCCGCCAGGAACAACAUGUCGGGGUACGUGGCCUACGGCCACUCGAUGGUCGUGAACCCCUGGGCACAGGUGCAGCGCGAGGCUGGCGAAGGCUGCGAGUUCAUCGUCGAGGAAAUCGAUUUCGACAUGGUCGAGCAAGUGCGGCGGCAAAUCCCCAUCUUCGAGCAGCGGCGCACUGAUGUCUACGCCUCGGCCAGAUCCGAAUUGUAAUAUUUUCCCCAAAUAAGUAAACAAGGCGCUCUCGAGCACAGCGGGAGUGAAUUUCACUGAUAGGGCUUGACAUGCUUAUCUCGUCGGAAAUACGUAUUGGCACAGCCACUGAAAUGGAACUAAAGCCGGAUUAAAUCCAUACCGUGGUACUCCGAAAUUUAACUGGGAAAUUGAACUGGGAAAAUUUGCUUAAGUCUUCUCUUGCGCAGUUGUUCGUGCUUAGGCGGCUUGGGAAAAUAAAUUGAAAAUCCGUUUUUAAA